GUAAAGGGUCAUCGACGUGAUACUUGUUAUUGUUAUGUUGCCAACUCUCAUUGGUAAUCGAUACUGUAUGUUGCGUACUACUAGCGCAUGUCACUUCAGGUUUCAAUGAAAAGCCCUCUGCUUUCUCCACUUGUAAGCCACAAGCCUUGGUAGCUUGCCGUGAUCAUGUAGUGGUCAGUAAUUCUCGUUGGGACCGCACGGACAUCGGUUCGAAUCCAGGUCACGGCAUUGCAAUGUCAAGCCAUUUAAAAAAAAAAAAAUGAAUAAGCAUGGCGACCCCCAGUAAGACCCCACCAGGUUCUGACCCCAAGCAGCUGGAGAGGACCGGGACAGUCCGGGAGAUCGGCUCUCAGGCGGUGUGGUCUCUGUCUUCCUGUAAACCAGGUUUUGGUGUGGACCAGCUGAGAGAUGAUAACUUGGAGACAUACUGGCAGUCUGAUGGAUCCCAGCCACACCUAGUCAACAUCCAGUUCAGGAGAAAGACCACAGUGAAGAUGCUGUGUAUGUAUGCAGACUACAAGUCAGACGAGAGCUACACCCCCAGUAAGAUCUCUGUCAGAGUAGGAAACAACUUCCACAACCUGCAGGAGAUCAGACAGUUAGAGAUGGUAGAGCCUAGUGGUUGGAUACACAUCCCUCUUCUGGACACCGUCAACAACCCCAUCAGGACGUUCAUGAUCCAGAUAGCGGUGUUAGCCAACCACCAGAACGGCAGAGACACGCACAUGAGACAGAUCAAGGUGUACACCCCGGUCGAGGAGAGCUCCAUCGGCAAGUUCCCAAGAUGCACCACGGUCGACUUCAUGAUGUACCGCACCAUCAGGUGACACUCCGGGGGUUCCGGGUGGAACCUCUCAGGGUUCCGACUAGAACUUUCCAGAGUUCCGGGGUGGAACCCUUUAAGUGUACGGUGUCGACGAAUAAGGGAAUUGGAAUGUUACGUUUUUUAAAAUUGAAAUAUUAUUCUAAUUUCAAGUUAACCUGAAAUGCUUUUCAUUUAGAUUACAUGGAGCCCCUCGACGUAUUACGGUCUCUGGCUUGCGUCCCAAAUGGCACCCUAUUCCCUAUAUAGUGCACUACUUUUGACCGGACCCCCCCCAUACGUGUGUUCCUAUGGACCCUUGUCAAAAGUAGCGCACUAAUAUAGGGAAUAGGGUGCCGUGUGGGCAGCAAUCUCUCUGUGUUGUUGAUGUUGUUAAUUCCAUGUUAGUCUGAUUUGUCACUCUUUCGGUUGGUGUCUGAUGUAAAGAUGAUUGAAGACUUCAAUGAGACCAUGUAAGGGCAGUUGUCGAGACCCCAAAAAACACACACGUUUACUACCUGUGUGACUAGACCUGCUUGUCUGUACUGACUGGGAAUGUAUGUAUCUCUCUGUCUGUUGUCGAAUUAAAUGUGUUUUUGAGUUUGA